AUGACCGACGUUUACACUCCACCCUCUUGCGGUUUCCGCAACCUGCCACUGCGUCUUGGGGAACCGUACACCAAGACCCUCAAUGUCGCCUUCCCCACGACCACAGGCCUCACAAAGGAGGUCAAGGAUUAUGUGCGCAAUUACGUGGCCCGCUCUAAAGCCCUCAUCCAGAGACUGGAGAAGGAGCGGGAUGAGGCCAGAAAGGAGGUCAUAGACCUGAAGGAUCUGGUGGAGCGGGCACGCGUGAGCACCGUGGGGGCCAAUGAUGACCUGCACAUGCUUUUGGUGGAUGAUGAGUUCUUGGGAGCCGACCCGGAAUCGUACCUGCUGGGCGAGAAGGAGAAGGCUGUGAAGCCGGAGGGCGGUGAUCUUCAGCCGCCGAAUGGUGUGUAUUCACCGCCGGCCUCGAGCAGUUCGGAGGACCCCGAGGGGGGUGAUUUGGAGGAGGUAGAUGGGCUGGACGAGGUGCUGGGCACAGGCACUUCGGGGGACCCGGAUGUCACCAGUGGUACUGACCAAUAG